CCUCCUCCUUCAUCGCACUGCAUCCUAUCAUCAACUGAUCCUCAGGAACAGACCCCCCUCCCCCAUCAACCCAUCUCAUCAUCACAACAUACCGAUGACCCGCCGCUGGAACGCCCUCACCCGGGUGGCAGCACUCGCCCUACUCGGCACGACCGUCACCCUCUCCCAAGCAUUCUACCUCCCCGGUGUGGCCCCGACAGAAUACGAGGAUUCAGAUGCAGUGCCGCUGAUGGUCAACGCCCUCACCCCCGGAUCCGAAUCAGAGCUCAAGUCAGUCAUCCCCUACGACUACUACGAUCCCAUGUUCAACUUUUGUAAACCAAAGGAUGGUGAGCGUUCCCAGGCAGAAUCCCUCGGCAGUAUUCUCUUUGGUGAUCGCAUCUGGGACUCGCCCUACAAGAUCAACAUGAAGCAGCCAAAGCUGUGCGAGAAACUCUGCGACACCGAAGUGGGCACGGAACAGGCAAAGUUCAUCAACAACAGGAUCCGCGAGAAUUACGUGGUCAAUUGGCUUAUCGAUGGUCUCCCCGCUGGUUUCGUACAUUCGGGAACAGGCAGGGAUCAGGAUAAGGAGUUUUAUUCCAUUGGAUUCCCCUUGGGUGCCGACACUGGCAGGGAGACACCGAUGCUGCACAAUCACCAUGAAAUCACGAUCGAUUACCAUCAUAAUACACAAAAGGAUACUCUACGCGUCGUCGGCGUCACUGUCGAGCCUUAUAGUAUUGAAGUCCCUAUAGAGAAAACUGAACUGUGUGGAAUCUCAAAUAUGGAACAGGUCCCUGGCAUGUACGUGUCUGAGAAGAAGACCACUUUGGUCACUUACACCUACUCUGUCCACUGGAGGGAGGAGGUCAAUACCGCAUGGGCAACCCGAUGGGACAGGUACCUUCUCGUGGGCGAGCCCAGGAUUCAUUGGUUCUCUCUUGUGAACUCGAUCAUUAUCGUUCUCUUCUUGACGGGUAUGGUCGCCAUGGUCUUGUUGAGGGCCCUGCACAAGGAUAUCUCGCGCUAUAACCAGCAAGAGGCACAGGAGGAUUUCCAGGAAGAUUUCGGUUGGAAGCUGGUCCAUGGGGAUGUCUUCCGUCCCCCACCUUACCCAAUGUUGCUAUCCAUCAUUGUUGGAAAUGGAUCACAAAUGUUCUUGAUGGCCUCAGUGACGAUCUUGUUUGCGGCUCUUGGUUUCUUGUCGCCCUCGAACCGUGGAUCGCUCGCGACUGUCAUGAUUGUGUUUUACAUGUUCUUUGGCGUCGUUGCAGGUUUCAUCUCCGCAAGACUGUACAAGAUGUUCGGAGGCGAGGCCUGGAAGCGCAAUGUGAUCGGCACCGCAUUGUUGUUCCCCGCAAUCAUCUUUGGUGCAUUCCUUGGGCUGAACUUCUUCCUCAUUGGAGCCAAGUCCUCUGGAGCGGUGCCCUUUGGUACCAUGCUCGGUCUUGUCGCGCUCUGGUUCCUGGUCUCGACACCUCUCUCGGUCAUUGGAUCCUAUCUUGGAUUCCAGCGCCCCAAGAUCGAGACCCCCGUGCGUGCGAACCAGAUCCCUCGCCAGAUCCCCGACCAGGUGUUCUAUCUGCGCCCGAUCCCUUCUAUGAUGAUCGGCGGUAUCUUGCCCUUUGGAGCCAUCUUCAUUGAGCUGUACUUUAUCCUGAAUUCGAUCUGGUUCCACAAGAUCUACUAUGUCUUUGGAUUCCUGUUCCUGGUCUUUGGAGUCUUGAUCUUGACCUGUGCUGAAGUCACGAUCCUGAUGUGCUACUUCCACCUGUGUGCCGAGGACUAUCACUGGUGGUGGAGAGCCUUCUUCACAAGUGGUGCGUCUGCGAUCUAUAUCUUCCUGUACUCGGUCAUGUAUUACUUCACGACCCUCCAGAUCAAGUCCUUCACGAGCGUGGUCCUGUACUUUGGAUGGACCGCGAUCAUGAGCUUGAUGUUCUUUGUCCUCAGCGGCGCCAUUGGUUUCUUCUCGACCUUCUUUUUUGUCAGGAAAAUCUAUGGAAGCAUCAAGAUUGACUAGAUGACGGACGAACAUGAUGUUUUUUUUGGGUGCCCAAGGAUUGAAGGACGUAGAUGUAAUAGAUCAAAGAGCGUUUUGCUUCCUUGCAAUAAAAA